CACGUCACCCAUUGUUUACAAAUGAACCGUCGGUUAUUCGGAGCGGCGCUGAGCAGCAGCGGAACCUCAUUCAUCUCGAACCCAACCAAACCCAGCCCAAGCUCCGCCACCACCACCAUGCCCUGUCGGAAGGAGAACUACAUCUUCCUGGAGCAGUCCGUCACGGUCGACCCCAAAGAAGUAGACGCGCUGGUCACCAAGAUCGGAGAGGCGCUGCAGCUCCACAGUAACACCGGCGGCGGCCACCAGAAGACGGUGUCCGUGUCCACGGCCCUUAUUGGCGGCGGCGCGGCGGGUGCACCGGGGCAGAAGCGCCGCGGAUGCUGCAUGCGGCUCCGGGGUCACCGAGGGAACAGCAGCAGGGCGAGCCCGUACCACAUCCCCGGGUCUCACGGCGACCCGGACUGGGACCAAAUCAAACCGUGGAACAGAAAGAGGAUGGAGGAGGACGACCCGCACCGGCUGCUCCAGGAACUCAUUCUGUCGGGGAACCUCAUCAAGGAGGCCGUUAGGCGGCUUCAGUUUUCGGCCGCAGACUGUGCAGAUUUCCCCCGGGCGGCGGACAAUGUGCCGUGCUGAUAACGGUGUUUGGACUCUAGAACCGAGACUGUACCGUCAGACUGAUUAGAGAUGAAUUUGAUAAAAGACUCAGUUUUCUAAUUUCAUGACUUUCAUCGACGUGUUUCUGCUGUUUGUUGUGGUAGCGGUUAGCCUUGCUGGCAGCUAACAGUUAGCCUGGCUAGCUGCUAACAGUUAGCCUGGCUAGCUGCUAACAGUUAGCCUGGCUAGCUGCUAACAGUUAGCCCUACUGGCCGCUAACAGUUAAUUUAGCGAGCUGCUAACAGUUAGCUAUUAGCCGCCCGGCUAACGAGCGUGUUGUUUAUGUUUGAAUGUGUCGGAGUGUCAGAGUCGCUGAUUGUAGGUAAAAUCGGUGAUUUUCACGGUGUAAAUGUGCUGUGGAGGUCCGGAGGAGAACUGGCUCACCAGGGAGAGUGUGACUGUAAAAUCGAACAAAAGCUGUCCCCUCCAGGACGUCUGUAUCACCCUGAGGAAGCCCCAGCUUCAUUUAUUUACCACCCGGAAUGUGUCCAUGUGCUGUGGGGGUUGGGAGCGCCGUGCCCGGCCCUGGGUGGUUUUGUUUACAGUGCUGGUUGUACGUGCAGGAAGCUUCCUCCUCGGCUCAUUGUUGUUGCCCUUUAACUGGCUGUUUCACCGGUUUACUGACAGCAGCUUCCACCAGUUAAACUGGAGAGAAAAGAGGAUUCUGUGAUUUCACCUUCUUCAGUGUGAAUAUUUUCUGAUUUAUCUCCUCUGACGGUAAACUGAAGAUCUUUGGAUUUUGUGGAAAAACUGAUCCACAUUUUUUGCCGUUUUCUGACACUUUGUCCUCCAAGCAGCUGAUCAGUCGACACAGAAACUAUUAUUAAUUCUGUAUUUCUGGCCUCUUUAGGGCAACAACUAUUUUCAUCAGCAAUUUGUUCCGCUGAUUGUUUGUCUUGUUUUGUCUCCAAGAAAUCACAGGAUGGUGAAAAUGUCCAUCAGUGUCUAAAAGGCAAAGGUGGAAUCUUUAAAAGUACUUUUGUUCACCCACCAGUCAGAAACUCAGUUAACCAUCCAGAGCUGCAAUAAUUAGUUCAUUGGUUCUCUACUGUUGACUGUUUAAACUCUUGAUUGGAGUCUAAAUUCUGUGAUUGCAGCUUGUUAAAUGUGAGUGUUUUCUGGUUGUCUUUGGGCUUUGGGUCUUGGACUUUCACCCUGUUGUCCAGCAGCUGAUGGAUCCUCACUGUGGUGAUGUCAGCUCAGACAGGCUCCACCAACCUUUACCUGCUCUGACCGUUUGCCACACUUUGGUGGUGCUUCACCUGUUUGGAAUUCCAGCGAGGAGUUCAUUUGGUUUUUUUUUUAUUUGUUUCUUCUCUGUGUAAAGAAAAUCAGCUUCGUAGCGAAGCGUCUGAUAAUGUUCCUGAGUAUUCAGGGCCUUUUUGUUGUCUUAAUAAACACACUUUGUUUUCCA